AUGAUAGAUUCCCACCGAGGACAGAGGAACUGGAUGGACCAGUCUGACAAUGUGGAGUUGGUGCUGUCCUCACCAGCGAUCCCUGAGUCAGGGACUGCCAGUGUGCGGGCCAGACCCACAGUCAAGCAUCACGCUUCAUCUGAUAGUUUUCAAGGGUUUGCUGUCCCUACACCCAAAGUCCCUCUCCUUCCCCCUGUCAAUGGUCUAAAGGCCAAUGGCUCAGUGGGGGAAGAUAGGUUGUCCAAUGGAUCUGUUAUAUCUAUGCCUGACCUCGUGGAGGGGGAAAUAUUUGUUCCACCUCCUCCCUCUAUUGCACCACCACCUCCUCCAGGGACCUUUAUCCCUCCUCCCCCAGACUUCAUGGGUGACCUUAACAGUCUGGACCUCUACGCACCAAAACCGACUCCACUGACACCUUCUAUGGAGGAGGAUUUCGCUGUUUUAAAACCACCACCAAUGGCUCCACCAAAGCCUCCAUCUACUUGCUCUUCUGGCUCUGCCUCAUCCUUUCUAAGUUCACCACCAGCCAAAAUUCCUGAGCCUCCAAACUUUGCCCCUGCGCAGCCCCCUGAAAAGCAACACAAAACUUUGAAGCCACCACCUCCAAAGCCCAUUAGACUGUCCUCCAUCUCCAACCUUGACCUCCCGCCACAGACUCCUGCCCCACCUCCCCCUGAGCAGACACCCACACGCUCCACCUUUAAUCCCCAAAACACAGCAAAGCUUUUCACUGUUCCUCAGCACUCAAUUCUCAGCGGGUAUAACGGUCAUGACCAGAGACCCAAGCAGAUGUUACUCCUGGAAGAAUCUGGCUCUGUUAAGUCUGCCCCAGUGCGUGCCCAGGUGGAUAGGAAAGUCUCUACACCAACUACACCGGUUUCCAGAGAAGCACAGGCGUCUAAGGAGAACUUACAAACUACGCAGCCCUCUCCAUCGUCCCUUCCUCCAUCGUCCCUUCCUCCACCGUCCCUUCCUGCAUCAAACAAGGAGACUAAAAAAGGGAUAGUUUCUGCACAGACGAUAGUAACCAAACCUCUCCAGACUCUCCCUCGGACGUCACCACAGCUUCUGAAAGUGAACAGUUCUCAUGUGUAUUCAAAGACUAGCAAGGACACAUUGGAAGAAUCUCCAAGUCAAGGUCAUAGAUUUAGUCCCUUAUUAGAUCGAAAACUGCGCAAUCUGAAGAGUAGUGAAACAAAUGGGGCACGAGAAGGACCUGCAGCGUCCCCCCUGGCUCUUUUAAUGGCAGCCAAAGAAAGAGAGAAACACAGACCAACCCAUUCUCUGUCACGGGAAAACAGUGCCAAGAACAAUGAGCAACCGAGCACAAGCAUUUACCCAAUCGACUCAAGUCCCAAUUCCUUUGUUGUCAUCCCAAGGUCAAGCUCAUCCUCUUCUCUUACAUCUCAAGAAAGACUAGAGGACAGGCUAGAGUCUGCCAUUCCGAUUGAACAAAAAACGAAACCUCCUGAAAAAUCUAGCAGCCUUGCAUUGGUCAGGGAUCAGGUGCACUCUACCAGUCCAGCUCUAAAUAGGAUCACAGCAGCUGCAAACGCACGAGCAACCGACCAGGUUGGGCUGAAACACAAUGGAGAGCAAACACUCCCUAAAACUCGAUCUGCACAACCUGAGGUUAAUCAAGUGGAGUUAGGUUUGCCAUUACUCCCUCCUCCUCCAGAGUUUGAUGAUUUAGAAGUGUUUAUGGAGCCUCAUCCUUCCAUCCCUCCACCUGAGCCUCCUAUGAAAAAGCUACCAGCACCACCCGUGAGCCUCCCUCCUAUGAAAAAGCUACCAGCACCACCCGUGAACCUCCCUCCUCCAGCUCCAGUUCUACCCCCUUUUUCAAAACCUGCACCCCCAGUAGCUCCAAAACUCCCACCUCCUAACAUUGAUGUCAAACCAAAACCCCAAGUGGUCCCUACUCAGCCACCGUCCAGUCUUUCUCCCAGUCAGGCCACACUCCUGAGCAUCUUACAAAAGAAGAUGUCGGAAAUGGACCACAAAAUGGCCCCAACGACAGAGGCAGAAUCCAGUUCUGAUGACUGGGGCGCCCCCCUGUCUGAUGAGUACAAUAAAAUCCCUGUUGUUCCCAGAGCCACUCUGCAGAGCAAGAGUAACCCCGUAGUCAACAAAACAGCAACAUUAGACAUGCAGGAAUUACAGAAUAAAGUGACCAAAAAGUAUCAGGAGACCUCCUCGCUGAAAGUUCCCACCAGUAAUGGACGAUCAAAACAUCAGUAUGGUAUGACCUUUACAGUUCGGCCUGGAACCAAACAGCCUAUCACCCCAAUUUUUAAAUAGGAAUCUUCAAAAUAUGUAGAAAUUAGACACAUUAAUGCAAUAACCAUUGCAUGUGAAUAUAUAAUGUGAUUUUGCAUUAGCAGGAGUUUGUACAAUGGGGAAAAAGCACUUUGAUCAAAUGAGUGACAUGAAUGUGUUCGGUAAAUAUGUUCAGAAUGUCUCUUAAUAGUUUCGAGUAUGUCUGCUCAGUUAUGAAAGAUGUUAUCUAUAAGUAUUACUCAAUUUUCAAAGGACACAGUGUCACUGUCAUACAAUAAAUCUCUAUGCCUUAUGGGUAAUAUACAUAGUAUGAGAAAAAUCUAUUAACAAAAUGCUUAAUGCUUAAGUUAUUCACUGCUUUAAACUUAAAUCUACGUUAUACAGUAAAUUCAAUAAAUCAUUCAUAGAUUUGAGAUUCCUGAUUGUAAAAUACAAUAAUAAUGUACAACAGAAUUAUUGUGGCUUGCGCAGUAAUUGCAUAUCCGAUAAGUGCAAUGUUCUUCCACUGUUACAUGUAAAUUACAUAGAUCCACUGGAGCAAAGCUGAGUGAGUGUCAGAGCAUGCUGAUCUCUCAGUAGGAUUGUUUCUCAUUGGGUUGAUGUUCUUACAUUUGUAUAAAUGUUAUUUGCUAUGGUUAAAUAUCUGUUUUAUAUUGUGUGUUAUUCUUGUACAUGUUUGUAUUCGAUUAAUGUAGAACUUAGAUAUUGUGACAUGCUGAAUAAACAUUGAGGUUGAAAACCUAUGGACCCCACUCUGCAUGUUGAGGUUACGUAAUCAAAAAUAUUUAAGAUAUAUUGGUCAUGAAGUAAAUUAGUUAUUCAUCUACAUGAAAUGUUGCCAAGCAAUUUCUUUAUUUUAUUCAUGCAGUAAUUCCCUGUCUUAAAAAACAUCCUUGAGUUUUUUGUGUACAAUGUAAAGUUUUUGAGUGAAAAAGUUACAAAUUGUUUUGCUGUCAAUGUUUCUUUUUCUUGUUAAAUCUUUGUUACCUAUAGAUCAUCAGUUAAGUAGAAGACAAACCAGAAAUCAGGCUUUUCUUUUGUAGGCAACAGCUACAGAA